AAAUUUGCUCUCCCUCUUCUGUUUCUCCUGGCUUCGUUCGUCUUUUUUCUCUUUCACAUUCUGUUCCAACUCGCAGGCUGAUUGCGGCGAAUUAGGGCAUCGCCGGUGUAAAAAUGCCCCUAUUUCUCUCCGAUGAGGAGUUCUCCCGUUGCUCCAACAACGCUGCUGCGGUGGCCGAGAAGGCCGACGCAUUCAUUCGCAGCCUUCUCAACGAACUCGAGACUGUUAAGGCCAAGGCUGAUGCUUCUGACAUCAACGCUGAGCAGAACUGUUCUCUCAUAGAGCAGAAGUACCUUUCUCUUACUUCUGAAUUCUCAAAGCUCGAGUCUCAUGUUGCUGAACUCCAAGCAACUCUUGAUCAACGCCUUGCUGAACUCGCUGAAGUUCAAACGCAGAAGGAGAAAAUUCAUUUGCAAUCUAUUGAGAAAGACCGGGAGAUAGAGAGGUUAAGGACAGAGGUGAGUGAAUUGCAUAAGUCGAAAAGGCAGUUAAUUGAGUUGAAUGGGCAAAAGGAUUUGCAGCUUAGUGAGAAGAAUGCCGCCAUCACGAGCUAUCUCGAUAAGAUUGUCAAGUUGUCUGAAAAUGCUGCUCACAAGGAGUCUCGUUUGAGUGAACUUGAGGCAGAGUUGGCCCGGUCCCGUGCUGAAUGUACUCGUCUUUCUCAGGAGAAAGAGAUUGUUGAGAGACAAAAUGCGUGGCUGAAUGAUGAGUUGACUACUAAGGUUAACAGUUCCUUUGAGAUGCGCAGAAAACAUACUGAGUUGGAGGCUGAUAUGAAAUCUAAGCUUGCAGAUGUAGAGAGGCAAUUGAGUGAAUGCUCUAAAUCUCUACAGUGGAACAAGGAUAGAGUGAGAGAGUUAGAAAUGAAGCUUCAAUCUACGCAUCAGGAAUUAAUUUCAGCAAAAGAUUCUGCUGCAGUUAAUGAACAGAAAUUGUAUAAUGAGCUCUCAACUGUCAAUAAGCUUAAUGAACUAUACAAAGUAAGUUAUGAGGAAUCGUCCAGAAAGGCAACAGAGCUUGAGGGUGUGAUUAAGGCAAUGGAGUCUCAUCUGAAACAAAUUGAAGAUGAUUAUAAACAGAGACUUGAGAAGGAAUCUGCUGCUCGAAAACAGUUUGAAAAGGAGGCUGCUGAAUUGAAAGCAAAGCUUGAGUCAUGUGAAGCCGAUAUUGAAAGAAGUAAGAAAAAUGAUCGGAAUCUUCUUCCACACAGUGGUUUCAACCCUGAACCGUGGCUGGUAUCAAGUGAAAGCAGUGACUUAGUUGAGGAAAGUAACAUGCUAGUCCCUAGAAUUCCUGCUGGUGUGUCUGGAACAGCAUUAGCUGCUUCCCUUCUGCGUGAUGGAUGGAGUUUGGGGAGAAUGUAUGCAAAAUACCAGGAAGCUGUUGAUGCACUGCGGCAUGAGCAACUGGGUAGGAAGGAAUCUGAGGCAAUUUUGCAAAGGGUUCUAUAUGAGUUAGAGGAGAAAGCAGAAGCCAUUAUAGAUGAAAGAGCUGAACAUGAAAAGAUGGUUGAGGCAUACUCUUUGAUGAACCAAAAAUUGCAAAACUCCCUUACUGAAAAGGCAAUCUUAGAGAAGACUAUCCAGGAACUAAAGGCUGACCUCCGAAGGCAUGAACGAGACCAUAACUUAGCUCAGAAAGAGAUUAUUGACCUUCAAAAACAGGUGACAGUUCUCUUGAAGGAAUGCCGAGAUGUACAACUUCGUUGUGGAUCAAUUGGGCUUGACACUAUUGAUGAUGCUGCUGCAAAUGGCCUAUCAAGAGCAGAUACAGAGACUGACGCUGAAAAAGUUAUCUCAGAGCACCUUUUGACCUUCAAGGAUAUAAAUGGGCUAGUUGAGCAGAAUGUGCAACUUAGAAGCCUUGCAAGAAGUCUCUCUGACCAGAUAGAAAAUAAGGAGUUGGAGUUCAAGGAGAAACUUGAUAUGGAGCUCAGAAAACAUACUGAAGAAGCAUCUAAUAAAGUGACAGCUGUCCUGCGGAGAGCAGAAGAGCAAGGGCGUAUGAUUGAAUCACUUCAUGCAUCUGUUGCAAUGUACAAGAGGUUGUAUGAGGAGGAACAUAGUCUUCAUUUAUCUCAUUCAAGUCCUACUGAAGCUCCUACAGCUGACUCAGAUGGAGGGCGGAACAACCUUAAAAAUAUAAUUGAAAGCGCACAGGAAGCUACUAAAAAGUCCCUUGAAAGGGCUAUGGAGCGUGUAAGGUGUCUUGAGGAUGAUCUAGCAAAAUCUAGGAGUGAGAAUAUUAUACUACGAUCUGAACGUGACAAGUUGGCACUUGAAGCAAAUUUUGCUAGAGAUAGGCUUGACAGCUUCUUGAGAGAAUUUGAACACCAGAAAGCUGAAACCAACGGCAUAUUAGCAAGAAAUGUGGAGUUUUCUCAACUAAUUGUAGACUAUCAACAAAAAUUGCGUGAAAGUUCUGAGUCGUUGAAUGCUGCUGAGGAGUUCUCCCGAAAGCUGAAUAUGGAGUUGUCUAUGUUGAAGAAUGAAAAGGAAAUUAUAUCAAAUGCUGAAAAAAGAGCAUCUGAUGAGGUUCGCAGUUUAUCUGAGAGGGUGCAGCGCCUGCAGGCUAGUUUGGGUACUAUACAGAGUGCUGAGGAAAUCCGAGAGGAGGCAAGAGCUGCAGAGAGGAUGAAACAGGAAGAAUAUAUACAAAAAUUGGAGAGGGAAUGGGCUGAGGCCAAGAAAGAGUUACAAGAAGAGCGAGAAAGUGUGCGGACACUCACACUAGACCGUGACCAGACUGUAAAAAGUGCAAUGAGACAGGUUGAAGAGUUGGGCAAGGAGGUAGGUAAUGCAUUGCGUGCCAGUGCAUCUGCUGAGUCUAGGGCUGCUGUUGCGGAGGCAAAACUCUCCAGUCUUCAGAGAAAAUUGAGUUCCGUUGAUGACAAGCAUGUCGAAAUGGAUGGAGCAAGUGGGUCAGGCACCUUGUCUAAUGAUGAGAUUGUUGCUGAAUUGCAUGCUGCGAAACAGGAGAUUGAAAAAUGGAAAGAGGAAGCACAGGCUAAUAAAUCUCACAUGCUGCAGUAUAAGAGCAUUGCUGAGGUAAAUGAGGACGCUCUGAAGCAGAUAGAAGUUGUACAUGAGAACUUCAAGAUUGAGGCUGACAAUGCGAAAAAAGCCCUAGAAGCUGAACUUGGUUCUCUGAGAGAGAAGGUUUCAGAGCUUGAAAAUGAAACUAGUUUGAAAUCAGAAGAGGUGGCAUCUGCAGCUGCGGGAAAAGAAGAGGCUCUGACAUCUGCAAUGGCUGAAAUCUCAAAUCUAAAACAAGAAAUUUUAGCUAAAUCUUCGGAAAUUUCAGCAAUGGAAAUUCAGAUCUCUGGCUUAAAAGAAGACCUAGACAAGGAGCAUCAAAGAUGGCGUGCAACUCAAACCAAUUAUGAAAGACAGGUUAUUCUUCAGUCUGAGACAAUUCAAGAGUUGACGAAAACAUCACAAGCACUAGGAACACUGCAAGAGGAGGCAGCGAAAUUACGUAAAUUGGCCGAUACCAUGAAAACUGAAAACAAUGAAUUGAAGGUCAAGUGGGAAGAGGAGAAGGCGGUGCUGGAGAAGUCUAAGAAUGAUGCUGAGAGGAAGUAUGAUGAAAUCAACGAACAGAAUAAAAUACUGCAUAGCCGACUGGAAGCUUUGCAUAUCCAAUGGGCUGAGAAAGAACGUAAUACUGCCGGCAUUUCCUCCACAAGUAGUAGUGCAGAUGCAAUUGGUGAUGCUGGUCUUCAAAAUGUGAUUAGUUAUCUUCGACGUUCGAAAGAAAUUGCAGAAACAGAAAUUUCCUUGUUAAAACAGGAAAAGCUGCGAUUACACUCCCAGCUUGAGAGUGCUCUCAAGGCAGCAGACUCUGCACAUGCAUCACUAGAAGCUGAGCGUGCUAAAUCAAAAUCAUUGUUGUUCAGUGAAGAAGAGUUCAAAUCAUUGCAGCUUCAGGUUAGAGAGCUGUGCUUGCUUCGUGAGAGCAACAUGCAGCUUAGAGAAGAAAAUAAGCACAAUUUUGAGGAAUGUCAGAAAUUGCGUGAAGUAGCUCAAAAGGCAAGAGCUGAGACAGAGAUUGUGGAGAAUCUACUGAGGGAGAAAGAGAUUGAGUUAGAAGGAUGCAAGCAUGCAAUUGAAACACUUAAAAUGGAAAAGAACAAUCUGGAUUACAAGGUUUCUGAGCUGCUUGAAAGGUGUAAACAUAUUGACGCGGAAGAGUAUGAUCGAAUGAAGAAUCUUGUUCGGGAUAUGCGGGAUAAACUGAAAGAGAAGGAUGCACAAGCAGAUGAAAUGGGGAAGAGUCUUUCGGAAAAACAGGAUUUAUUAUCACACCUGGAGCAGGAUCUUUCUAAGUGCAAGUUGGAGCUGGAAGAGAGAGAAAAGAGGAUAAAUGACGUUUUGCAAACUGAGACUACCCUAAAGCUGGAUGUGGAAAGACACAAAAAAUUGCUGGCUCAAUUCAAGAAGAGGAUGGAUAGUUUGUCCAGGGAAAAGGAGGAACUUGGGAAAGAAAAUCAACAACUGUCUAAGCAGUUAGAAGAAAUCAAGCAAGGGAAGAGGCCCGUCAGCGAUGCAACUGGUGAUCAGGCCAUGAAGGAGGAAAAGGACACCAAAAUACAGAUUUUGGAGAAACAUGUGGAGAAACUGAGGGAUGAACUAAAGAAAGAGAAGGAAGAGAAUCGAAUGGAGAAAGGAAGGCGAAUGAAGAAUGAAAAGGCUAUAAGGGACUCUUACAGCAAUGUUGAACAGGAGAAAACGAAGUUCUUAAAUGAACUGGAGAGGCAUAAAGAGGCAGUGAAACGGUUAUCAGAUGAAAUUGAGAAGCUUAGGCUUAUAAUAGGCAACCUUCCCCAGGGAACCAACGUGGCUCAACUUCUUUCUGGCUCCAACACAGACGAGCUUGCUUCUCCUUAUAUAUCAGUUGUUGAAAACUUUGAAAAGGAAGCUCAGUUAGUAUUCUCUGAGCUUGGAGGUCGUGUUAAUCCGGGUGAUGCAACUUCAGUUACUGAUGCUUCAGGCGGUGCUGCAGGUUCUCUGGUCUCCGUUCAAUCUCCUGGCAUUGUCUUAAGCGCCCCUGGAGCAAGCAGUUUACCACCUAAAGCAACUGAAGAAAGUAAGAAAAAACUUGUUUUACCUAAAACUCAUGUUGAACCCCGUAAAACAGGUAGGAGAUUGGUCAGGCCUCGUCUUGGGAAACCUGAGGAGCCACAAGGUGAUAAAGAAAUGUCAGAAGCUGAAGGACCUCAGACUGCAAGCAAGCCUGGUGACACAGACACUCAGGGCAAUCAUUCUCAACUACCCCAAUCAAUGGUUCGUAAGCGUGUUGCUCCUACCUCCACCUCCGAGUUACAUGAUGAAUUAGUGCAACCUGGUGAGAACAACUCAGAUGUUGGUUUGCUCUCUGUGAAAAAAUCAAAGGGUUCAGAGUCCCCGCAGGAAAGUGCUGAAGGACAACCUGCUGCAACUCCAGAACACACUGGCAGUCAACCAAUCACUGAAGAGCCAAUUGAUGGCGGUGAGCUACUUCAGGGUCAAAAUGAGGAAGCCAUUGAAGCUCAGAAUGAAGAAGGCGAGGUUAUUGUUGAGAAAGUUGAGUCAGAUCCGCAGAAUUUAGAUAGUGUGAUUCAAGAGGAAUCACAAGGGGACAAGAGCAGCGUGUUAGAGGAGAAUUUGGAUCGAACGGUUGAGGCAAAAGUGACUUCUGAUGAUAUGCAGAGAGAUCAGGGGGAGCCAGACCACCAGCAGUCAGCAAUGGAGGUUGAGAGUGAGAAAGAAGAGGGAGAAUUACCAGAGGGUGCAGACGUUGAGGGUGGUAAUGAUGCAUCUAACCUUGCAGAUACCCAAGAAAUCCGGGAAGGUCAAUCCGAGCCAGCGGCAACCCCUGAACCUUCCCAGACUGCAGUUGAUGAAGAAGCACUGGAAGCUGGUGAGAUCAAUUCACCUGAGCUUUCAACCGAUGAUAAGAAUGACGACAAGAAUGAGGAAGGUGAGGUGGCUGAGGAGGCUGCUGAUGGUUCUGAUAAGUCAAACGAUGCCAGUGACCUGAUUGCAGCUGAGGCUGAUCAGGUGGCUGAGCCCGCACCCACGCCUAGUACAACUGAGGGCGCUUCAACUGGCAAUGCUGCAGAAAGUAGCUCCUCUAGAAUCAUACCUGUUUCUAGACAAGGCACCACUAGCGGUGCCCCAGAAACUGAAACGGUAAAACAGGCUUCGCCCGUGGGUAAUACUUCAACAACCAUAAAUUUAUUAGAACGAGCAAGGGAAAGGGCUCAAAUGAGACAGGCUGGGGUGGUUUCUACAAUAGCAAGAGGCCGUGGAAGAGGAGCACCCAGAGGUCGAGCUACCCGAGGUGGCCGUGUUGGUGGGCGCAGGCAACCACCUGGCGAUGCCAAACCUAAUUAACCCAAGUCUGGAAUUAGACGGUAAAAUAUUUUUGUGUAGGUCGACGUUACUGUCACUCAUUGACGGCAUUAUAUUUCUCAUGUAAAUACUUUGCCAAUUUUGCUCAUAUUGAACAGCGUGAUCUGAUUUAUUGCCACUAAACUUAGAACUGCCAUGUCCUUUGAGUUUAGCUUUAUUGGCAGAAGAUUUUUUAUGCUCAUGCGUAAUGAAGUGCAGUGUCUCAUGACAAA